CCUCCUUCGUGCUGAUGGCUCAGGUCGCCGGCUUCGUGAACGCGAGGAGGGACGCCAAGGAUCUGAGGGAUAUCAAGGCAGAUCAAGAUUACGCCGAGGCCGAGGAUGCGGCGGCGGCGGCGGCGGCGGCCCCCGACGCCCCGGGGGCAUCCAAGGCGGCGGCGGCCGGCGGGCGUGACAUCGAGGCCGCGGCCGCCGACCAGGGGACUCGCUGA